AAACUGGAGGUCUGGAAUCCGAUCGAGCAAAAUUUCCCGCCCUUCUUUGUUACGUUUACUGUUCAAACACAUCGAUUGAAGUUAUAAUCUUUAUACGAUUCGAGUUCCGGAGCUCAGAGAAUUAUUGUAAUCGGCUCUCGCAUUUCGGCCAUUGGUGCCCGGCUGUGGUUUCUCUAAAUCUUCAACUUCGAUUUCCUGCAUUACUUUUGUGGUUUUUUUUUUUUUUUUUUGGUCAUGGAUUCCUCGAAAGAAGAGGAUGCUUCCGUUUUUCUUGAUCGUUCUUCACGGUUGACUAGAGGAAAGAGGAUGACCAAGUUGCUUGAUGAUGAACUUGAAGAAGACGAGCUGUUUUGGAAUCAGGAUGCACUUAAAGAGGAUGAGGUUGAUGACGAAUAUGAAGAAGAACCUGAGGUUGCUGAUGAAUUUGAUAGUGAUUUCAAUGAAGAUGAGUCUGAACCAGAGGAAGAAGCCGAGAAUGAAGCAGAUGAGAGAACACAAACGAAAAAGAGAUUAAUAUUUCCCGGAAAGACCCCUUCUAAGAACAAGAAUAAAAAGAGAGUUGUUUCUAAAAUUGAGAAAUCUUCCAAAGAUGAAGCAUCGACCGAUCAAUCUACGCCUCCUGAACAUCAUGAUACUCCAGAUGAUACUGAAGUUGAGAGAACGGUGAGGAAAUCCACUAGAACUUCAGUUAUUGUUAGGCAAGCUGAGAGGGAUGCUAUUCGUGCAGCUUUGCAAGCCACUAUGAAGCCAAUCAAGAGGAAAAAUCCAGGUGAGGAGAAGAAGAUGAGUCAGGAAGACAUGCUUCUUGAAGCUGCUCAAACAGAAAUCAUGAACUUGAGGAAUUUGGAGCGUGUUUUGGCAAGGGAAGAAGAAGUCAAAAAGAGAGCAAUUGUACAGAAAGCUGUGUACAAUGGUCCACGGAUACAAUAUUUGUCAAGAAAUGGUUGCUCAUAUCUAGAGUUCAGUAAAGGAUCGUCAUUUCAGGCAGAGCUUUCAACCACAUCAGUUCCAUAUCCAGAGAAAGCCGUAUGUGUGAUUACAGGUUUGCCUGCGAGGUAUCGUGACCCAAAAACAGGGUUGCCUUAUGCAACGAAAGAAGCUUUUAAGACAAUCCGUGAACGAUUUGCGGAUGAUGGUAUGGGAGCCAAGGAAAUGGACAUGGGAUAUUUAUUUGCUACUCUUUCUGGUAAAGGGUUUUCAGCAAGGCGGAAGAGAUCAACGCCGCAAAAUAAAAAUGAAAUUUCCUACUUGCGCCCCUUUUCUCGUUUUCGCCAAAUUCCAGCAUUUGAUUCUGAUCUUUCCGAUUAGUUUGUUAAGUUUGUUGUUCUGGAUGGGCGGGAAGGGAGAGGAUUCAGUAUUUUGAUUUCGAUACUGAAGACAUUGGCUCUGGUUACCUUGGGAUUUUCCUACUCCAUAGGUUUCUCGAUACUGAAGACAUGCCUGCAGUUUUUAGGGGCCUUUCUGGGCGUGCACUUUGUGGUGUUUGCAGUUCUUACAACAGUUCACCUCAUCUCUAUUCUUUAGCUGAUCCUUGUUCGGCUACCAUUGCAAGGCAGGUUCUUCUUACAGACAUGGCCAUCUAUUGGACGAAAUGUUCUUGACAGAGCUUUCAGAUGUGUUCUUGAUGAAUCGGUAUUUUUGGGGUAAAUUGUCGUGCCCUACAGCCAUUCUUGAGGAGUGACUUUCUCAAAUACUCUUCUUUUCAUACUGUAUUUGCGUUGGUGGUUAGAUUUUGUAUCCAAUUCUCUGUAAUCGUGUUAAGGUGCCAUUGUCAUAUGGAUUCUGAUAUAUUUUGAAAAUGAGACUAGGAAGAAUCACGAGUAAAUUGUUUCAUA